AUGUCGCUCGGCCCUCAACAAAAGGACACUACCAUGACGAAGAUCUUCGUCGGUGGACUUCCUUAUCACACGACUGACGACUCCCUUCGACAGUUUUUCGAAGUUUAUGGAGACAUAGAAGAGGCGGUUGUGAUUACAGAUCGACAGACUGGAAAGAGCCGAGGAUAUGGAUUCGUUACGAUGGUUAAAAAAGAAGACGCCCAGAAAGCGAUUCAAGAACCCAACCCAAUUAUCGAUGGUCGCAAGGCGAAUGUGAACCUUGCUUACAUUGGCGCUAAGCCCAGGCUCAUGCAAAUACCACUUGGCGGCCUUGGAGGAUUGUAUCAAUCAGCAGCGAUGACUCCACAGAGCCAAAUGAUGGCUCAACGCGGCAUGUACACGACUAUGCAGCAACAACAAGCUGCUUUGCUUCAAAAUGCUGGAUUUCAAAUGGCUUAUGGUUACCAGCCAAUGAUGAACCAAACUGCUCUUCUUCAGCUUCAGCAGCAACAAGAGCUUUUGGCAGCCCAGCUGGCGAUGGACCCAUCCGGCUUGAUGGGCUACAUGGACCCGACUCAAGCUUAUCAGCAAGCGGCCCUUUUGCAGCAAGCCCAGUUCGCGGGCGGGAGUCACCUGUCCGGCUCCAUCGGCGGGCUCCAUCAGUCUGCCGCAGUCGGUAGUCAGCAGUCAGCCGCUCAAGCGAGCAGCCAAACAAGCGCGUCCGACCAGUCCAACGUCCUCAACCGGGGAGGAUCAUUCUAA